GCCAUCCUCUCCUCAUCUCUUGUCACCUACACACAGACACUUUAAGCAGGCUGACAUCAAGAGAGUAUUGACCCUCUUUAUACGUUGGAUAACCAUGUGGCAAAUUGAAUCUCAAACUAUGAUUAAUGGAGAGUUUGUUCAAGUUGAUAUUCCGAAUAGAUGUCGCACCACUUGUGCGUAAAAAGUGGAAAUGGCACGAAAGAUAAAUGUUCACUCUCCUGACAUCGGGUGCGACUUGAUGUGAAUGUUCACCAGGUGGACCAAUACCUCUGUAUGGAGCAAGAAUGAAUACAUGUUCAGUACUGAGACUAAGAAGAAAGCCACUCAUCUCUUCCCUCCUAUCACUGCUGACGCUGUGUGUCCUGCUACGGGUCAGUGUGAAGAACAGCUACAUCCCUGAGUCCUUACCUCCCCCGGCGGCUUUGGAGGACAUCCAGACAUUCCACAGGUACAAUAUUAACUGUAAAGCUAUAUACAACUUGGACCCAGUGGAGGUGGGGAAGUCGCUGAUCAUCAGACAGAAACAAGUUGUGGAAGACAAGGAUGAAAGUCUCUUUAACCUUACCUCAAACUGCCCUUUAUUCAUCAAGUCCAGAGGUUAUGAUGACGUGUGUGUCUCGGAGGAGGAGAAAGACUUUCCUCUGGCUUACUCACUGGUUGUGCACAAAUCUGCAUGGAUGAUAGAGAGACUCAUCCGAGCGCUGUACUCGCCCGGUAACAUCUACUGUAUCCACUAUGAUCAGAAGUCCUCGGCUCAGUUCAUCUCAGCUGUGGAGGGUCUGGCCCGCUGUUUGCCCAAUGUCUUCAUCGCCUCCAAGCGAGAGUCUGUCUUUUAUGCGAGCUUCAGUCGAUUAAAAGCCGAUCUCAACUGUCUCUCUGACCUUUUGGGGUCAGAAGUCAAGUGGAAGUAUGUGAUCAACCUCUGUGGCCAAGAUUUCCCCCUCAGGUCCAACAUCGAGCUGGUGUCAGAAUUUAAGAAGUUAAAAGGAGCCAACAUGGUGGAGACAAGCCGACCCAGUGACUAUAAGAAGCAGAGGUUCACCUUUCACUACGAGCUGAGGGAUGCCAACUUUGAAUAUGUGAAACUGCCGGUGAAAACAGAGCAGAAAAAGGGCCCACCGCCACACAACAUCGAGGUCUUCUCUGGGAGCGCCUACUUUGUCUUGUCCCGGGACUUCAUUGUGCACAUGGACUCCUCGGGUGUGGUGAAAGAUUUCUUGGCCUGGUCCGAGGACACCUACUCUCCAGACGAACACUUCUGGGCAACACUUGUGCGAAUGCCCGGUGUACCGGGAGAGCUGCCCAGAUCGCACCCCGAUGUCACCGACCUGAUGAGUCAGACCCGGCUGGUGAAGUGGGAGUACCUGGAGGAGAACCUCUACCCACCCUGCUCAGGGAAACACGUCCGCAGCGUUUGUAUUUUUGGUGCUGCGGAAAUGCGUUGGUUGCUCAAGUACGGCCACUGGUUCGCCAAUAAGUUUGACCCCAACGUGGACCCCAUUCUCAUUCAGUGCCUUGAGGAGAAGCUAGAGGAAAAACAAAUGUUAUUCCAAACACUGGAUAACUGUUAUAAGGGUUAACCUGAAGCUGUAGUACAGUAUAGAAACACAAUGGUCAGACGAUGAAAACAGAAAACUAAUCUGCAACAAUUCUGAUGAUCAAGUACACACAUUCUAUAAAGUUCCAGCUUAAAAAGUCAAAAUGUGCUCCUAAUUAUCUUAAAUAACAAUAAUAAUAAGAAUACAUUUAUUUAUAGAGCGCUUUCAAUCAAAGUGCUUUACAAAAAGAAUACAACUAAUUUACAAACAGUCCAAUAAAAAUGUAAAUCGAGACAGUAAAAAGUAAAUACCACUAUGCAAAGAUAUCAAAGAUAAAUGUAGGACUCAUACCGCAGCAGUGAAUAAAUAAGUCUUAAGCUUUGAUUUAAAAACCUCAGUUGAACAUGCCAUGUCUAAUUUCUGCUGGAUUAUGUUCCAUAACGUUGGGUUUUGUAAAAUUGGAAUUUAGGAAAUUGUGGGAUAUUGAGGACCAAACUAUAUAUUUGAUCUUUGGUUUUAAGCAAUUGUGAAGAGCGUGUUUUUAUAAACUAAACUAUUAAUAAUAAUGAAAAUGAUCAUUUGUUUCAACCCUAGGUGCCAAAACGGUGUGAAUAUAAACAUGGCAUUACAGAGAGGCUUUAUUUCUUUCUGACGUUAAUCUUUUUUCAGCCACUUCAAGAGACUGUAGUCAUUUUAAAAACCAACAUGACGUAGUGCCAGUGUCUUCCAUCGGACCUACAGUAUUUAUCCAAUUUCUACAAAACACACUUCUCUCUGGUGGCCUAACCCCUUCCAGUUUUGUUUUAUUUAACAAAAUGUUGAGAUAUUUGUUCUGUA